CUUUUCGGCAAAAUUUUGACACUCUCCAUCAUCACCAAUUUGACUGUACCCUCUCAUUCAAGCCUAGGCACUUUCUGGUUGCGAAUCCCUUCAUACCCAAAUUUACAGACAAAUACGCAACCAUGUCUACCAACAGUGUACAGUGCUUCGGCAAGAAGAAGACGGCUACCGCCGUCGCCCACUGCAAGGCCGGCUCCGGUCUCAUCAAGGUCAACGGCCGACCGCUAUCUCUGGUCCAGCCUGAGGUUCUCCGAUUCAAGGUCUACGAACCUCUCCUCAUCGUCGGACUCGACAAGUUCGCCCAGGUCGAUAUCCGAGUUCGCGUUACCGGUGGUGGUCACACUUCUCAGGUCUAUGCUGUCCGUCAGUCCAUCGCCAAGGCCCUGAUCGCCUACUACCAGAAGUUCGUCGAUGAGCACUCCAAGAACAUGCUCAAGCAGGCCCUAGUCCAAUAUGACCGUACCCUCCUCGUUGCCGACAACCGUCGGUGCGAGCCCAAGAAGUUCGGCGGUCCGGGUGCGCGUGCCCGUUACCAAAAGUCCUACCGUUAAGAGAUUCUUCUCUUCGUCGGAGUUUGGGGAUGGGACGAUCUUGGUGUACCUAUGGGAGGCCGGGAAAUCGUGGCGGGGGAGAGGAAAAGAAAAAGAAUCGGCCACGGGAACAGCUGGCGCUUCUUUUUUUCAUUGCCUGGUUGUCUCCUUUUUGCGCAACGAAAUCGAGAAACCGGCUAAUGGCGGCUGGUCGGGAACCUCUGGAGUCUUGAGAAAAGGGAAAUCCUUUUGCGAGGGCUAUCUCUACUACUAAGAUGCCUUCAAACUCUCUAUUAUCAAUGCAUUUGCAUGGCCUGGUUGUAAAGGGAUUAGGCGAACGAAAUGACAAAUUCUUCUAAAAACUGUGCUGGUCUAGACUUCGUGAUAUUACAUGGUAAGGUGUUGGUAGUGAAUUGUCAUGAGGCUAUCAAGUCUUAGGAAAUUGUUACUAAAGAGCCUGGUUUUGGAAUAAGGUAUGAUAAUACUUCCUCGGUCACAAGCCAUAAAGACUCAGACUCCCAUUCUAGUGAGAGUGUAUGUUGGAAACCAUCUUUGUGCUCUGCCACGGAGGCUAAGGUCGCAUAUUCACAACACCAUAAUACCAAUCACCAUAUUAUGCCCA